UUAUUUGAGAGCGCCUGGCGUACAUUUCUUUCCCUUCUCGCCACUCCAGCAGCGCCCAUGUCAGCCGGGCACAUAACCAGUGUGCCAUAAAGCAGUAGAUGCUCCUUAUCGCGGUGACCCGACGGGUUCACGUUAGUUCACAGGGUUCAUCUGAGGAGAGGUCUCGGCCCCUCCUGUUCCCCGGAGACCCGGAGCGGAGCGAAACCUAAAUGUUAUUUAUUUCUGUAUCAAUAACGGAUUUCCAUUCGCAGUCACCAGAGCCGACGAAAAGGUUCACUGGGAGUUGUUACUUCACUCCCUUUUACAAUGGGAAGUCCUGAUAGCUGAAAAUUUCACCAGUUUCUGGUUCAUCACGGCUGGCUGAUGACACCUCAACUCCAUACAAUUCCAGUAUUUGUUUCUAACUCUUCACUCAUCUGCACAAUCCUAUACUAUGGCCAGCAAGAGGAAAUCCACCGUUCCCUGUAUGAUUCCAUCAAAAAGCAAGCACAUGCGGGAGGACAUCAUACUAGGAUGCUUACCUGAGCUCCUGCCCACAAUACCCGAAGACAGCAUCCUUAGUAUCUCUUCAAAAGAAGAGGAUACACAACGAUUCCAUGAUCUCUCGAAAAACGAACCGAAGACUUCAUGCUGGGAAAGGGGAACAUAUAGCUGCCCUCUGUGCUGCUUUGAGUCCAGAGACUUGAACCUGUUUCUUCACCAUAUGGACAACUGUCACAUGGACUUUCAUGCUCAACCAAACUUCUACUGCCUGCAUUGCAAGGUUUCAGCUGUGAAGUUUGAAGGCCUCGCUUUACAUAACGCAAAAUCACAUCCUGAACUCCAUUCACCACACAAGAGAGUAUCCUUGCAGGUUACCAAACGAGAUGGGGCUAUCACAGUGGAGCAAACCCUGUUUACAGAAGAGGAUUUAAGUGAGUCCGGAAUAUCCAUUACCAAGACACCCAUAAUGAAAAUGACCAAAGGGGGGCACAAAAAAAUUGUCGUCUCCCAUACUGUUGAGGUACACCGGGCUGAGCCUAGCAGUGACAAGCCCGCAACUGUAACCAAUGGCACUUCAGUAAGGACCUUACCCCUGACAACAUCACCACAUAUCAUCGGUGGAAUUAGUGCCUCUCCUGUCCAUAAAAUCCCCAACACACUUGGGAUACCAGGGAUGCAUAACCGUGGUCCUCUAUGGAACUCUAAUCCGUCAUCGCCUGAUUCGAACACUGAUCUCCCAAAGGUCAUGAUCCCUCUAAGUAGCAUCCCCACCUAUGAUCCAGCCAUGGAUUUAAGCAGUUUUCUUAAGACGUCUUUUGGUAAGUUCCCUUACCCUACCAAAGCAGAGCUCUGUUACUUGACGGUGGUCUCUGGCUUCCCAGAGGAGCAGAUCAAGCUCUGGUUCACGGCCCAAAGGCUGAAGCAAGGGAUCAGCUGGUCUCCUGAGGAGAUUGAGGACACGCGUAGAAAGAUGUUCAACACUGUAUUCCAAGCCACACCGAAAACAUCACGCAACCAGAUGCAUUACCCCAUUUCCCAACACUGUGUUUCUGUCCAGGCCAACUCUUUGAGUUCUAACUAUAUACCACAGAUACCAAAGGGAAGUGUAAUGGGUUGGAAAGGAGGGGUCAUAGUCAGCCAGCCUAGUGUGACCCAGGCCACAUCCCUUAAGCAGCAGCAGCACCCAGUGGUCCAAACACCGCAGGUAAAAAUCCAUCAUGCUGUCAUCACUAAGGAAACUGGAAAUGAAUUAUCUUGUCGGACAGCUGAGAACUGCAACAUUGUAGGCAGAGGAGGCAGUGUUAGCAAUCAUGGACACACUGGAAAAGGUGAGACUGGCUGCAGCUCGUCCAUCAAGACUGGCGUUAGCUGCUUGCCUGGCGUUCCCAAGAGUCAAAACAGCAGUUACAGUGAGGGCAGCAUUAUGACUCUGACGAACAUAGUCAGGAAAAUUGACUGUCAUAUCAAUGACAGGAACGCAAAUUGCACCAGCAAAUCUAACAUCAGUCCAACUUCCAUUUAUGGCCAACAGAAGGCAUUCAGUAACGCGAAGGAAAACAGCAACAGCAGCUUUGCCACCACCAGCAAAUAUAACAACGGAAGCACUUAUAAAAGCACCAGCCACAGUACUAUUUGCACUAAAAGGGAGGGAAACAUCUUAGACCACACCAGCAAAAGCAACGCUGACACUAGUGUCAUUUGUAGCAGCAGCAACAUACAAGCUGCAGAAUUUAUACCACCCCUUACCCAUAGCCUGGUCCCACAGCCUGGAAGUCUCAUGGAUCCAUCCCUUGGAAAGGGCAAGGUAUUACCUGAGCAACCAGUGACUUUGAAGCAAAGCUUUAUCCAUAACUCAUUCCCAGAACAAAAGCAGUUUCUUGCACCCCAAGGUCAACCAUACCAUGUACGUACUUUGACAGACUCCCAGUCUGCUGUGGGGGGAUCAUUUAGUAACAUGCCCCAGAGCUCCCUUCAGUCUAACCCUACAGCAAGUUCAUGUCUUCAGGAGGAAACAAGUCAACACUCCUCUCCAUCCCUUUCUGCUCCUCAGGAGCAACAUUCUCCAAAAACCCUGCUGGGAGCACCUCAGGUCCAGUCCACAGACUUUACUGCCGUCCACUACAAGGAACAUGACCCCAAGCACUUACCUGCCUUAGACAAAGACUGUAAGCAAUCACAUUUUGAUAGAGAAAGAUUGCACAGAAACAUAGUGCAAAAAGAAAACAAAGGAAGGGUUUCUGAACAGCACAGCGGAAUUACAAAUACAUUUUACAAGACUGACAAGAACGAGCAUAGCAACCUAAUUAACACACUACAUACCUUCACAAACGAUAACACUAACAAAGCUAAACAAGGCAUGCCACUAUUACGACAAUACAUACAGGAAGUGGACCAAUGGGAAAGCAACAGUGACUACCAUGAAGAGCCGAAUGUGAGCCCUAUGAAGAUAAACGUAAUAGCGUUGAACAAAGAAGAGAGUUUGUACAAGACCAACAGCAAGCAGCUAAUCAGCAAGCCGUUGGAGAAACUGAUCAAUGAUGGUGGUUCCAGCCAUAAAAACCAGUCUUCAGAAUGGCACGAAAGCUACCAGCAUGUACCGGUGGAGGCUGAGGAGCAUAUAUCUGAUAUAGGUAACACUGAACCACAUCAACCAGAUAACCUUGUGGGGCUUGAAACAGAGCAAGUUAAACACGAUCUACGCCCGGAGCGGAAAAUUAUUUUUCAGAGUCUAGACUCUGAAGCUCCUGUGCUGCCGAUAAAGAAAAAAUCAAAGGAGGCUGAGAUGGAUUUAGACAAACCAACUACAGGAGAACAAGACUACUGGGAGAUAAAAGAUGAGGAGCAUCAGCAACCAAUGGGCAACCAGAGUUUGAGGGGGCAUCAAGCGCAAGACAGUCAAUCAAGGGACUGUCUGAGAGGAGAGCUUCUGAAAGUUUAAGGACUUCACUCCGCGAGGCGAAGAGGCCGAGGAUCCCAUAUUCAUCCUGAACAUUACAUUUCUUGUUUUCUUUCAAUAUGACAGCCGAUGAGAUUGUAACACAUUUGUGAUGGUCAGUGGACUUGAGUUUUCAGAAGGUGGCCCAAUCCAGAGAGUAGCCACUACAAAUGUAGGUCUGAUUUGAUUUAGGUAAAUUCUGUGUAGGAAACUAUGAUGUAUAUGCUUGAAACUGCACUAUUGAGGGUGUACUGGACGUUAGGAAUGUCAGUUAGAUAUUGUGAUACUUUGUAAUAUGUCAGAUAAUCAGCACUUCUGCAAUGCCUUGGGUUUUAUGAUAAUCGUUGGGAUAUUCCAACCCGUUUUCCCUUCAUGUCCAAAUCAAAUAAGUUCUCCAUGGCUUAUUUUUUCACACAACAUUGAGCAGUUAGCGACAAAUCAUGCACUAUAACUCGCUUUAGUGGUGUCUGUCUGCACACACAACAAAUUGGCCAGACAUUGCCUUAAACGUCACCUUUCUAUUUCUAUGACUGGCUGCACAAACAAGCUUUUCAGCAACUGUGUUGAUGUGUGUAUAAAUUGGGGAUUUGAAAUCCCAACAGAACUGCUGCUAUAUCUUCGGAGGUGUUUUUUUUUUUUUAUAAGCAUUAACAAGACUAUUAUAUGUGAAAAGCUUAAAAAAAAAAGAAAGAAAAAAAAGAAAUGUUAAUUUAUGGUGGAGAAAGUUUUAAAACAGUGUGCUUACAAUCCGAGGGGUAUUACAGUUCUCACAGACAGUCAGAUCAAGUGCUCUGCUAACUGGAUAUUCCCUGUGUUUGAGUUGGGCUACGAUAUAUAAAUAUAUAUAGUAUAUAUAUAUAUAUAUACACACACACACACACACACAUUAUGCAUCAUUUAUAUGCUGCUAAGUUCAGACCAUCCAAAGUGAAUAACAGGUGCUUUUCAUCCCUCAUUAUUUGCAUUUGUAUCCGAUGUGGUUUCUCUUUUAAAAGUUAACACAUAAAGAUACUAUCUGGACUUACAGUAUUACCUUCCCAUCAGUUCUCAUUGUGCAGGUCUGUCUAAAAGAACACAGUGCACUGGAGUGUUAUCCUUUCUACACAUUACAAAUCUUUUGGUAAUAAAUGGAGAAUGUCAAAUUUAAGAACUGGCGUCUUGAAUGCAUUUCAUGCCAUUGAAAGACACAACAACUUGGCCGAGAGCAAUUCUAAAGAAACUUCCAACAGCAGAUGCACAUUUGCUUGGAUUUACGUUAAUUGCAGCUAAAAUGAUGCACAUGCAAACGGACAACACAGUCACAUAAAUAAAGAGGGAGCAGGAGAAGAAAACCAUCUUGAGGGAAUAAAUGAUUAGAAUACCUUCCUGAGCGCAAGAGUCACAGAGAGGUCCCGGGUGCACUUUUCAAAAGGAAUGAAACCUUGCCUAAGACUACAGCUUGGCUAAUACAUCAUACAGGCCAUUCUUCCAAGACAAACAGGCAGGGUCUUUUUACGCUCCCCCUCUGAGUUCUUCCUGAGGCCUGUUCUCAAAGCAAGACUCGGUGCUCGUUUCACACGGU